GAUUUUGUCGUCGUCUUGAUAAAAUGAAGACUCGUGAUAAAACGAUAAGUUAAUUUAUAUUACACAUUAGUUCGCCGCAGUUGAUAAGUAAGAAAGGUAGUAUUUAAGCCAGUGGUAGAAGCAAUAAUGAUCUUGUUCGUCUACUUAUCGUCUACAUUCGUUUUAUUGACGACAUUUCUAGUUUUGAAGCGCGUAAAGACAAAGCAAAAGUGUUUCAGAAUUACAAGUAGUGGUAGGAAGCUAGUGGGCAAUGGGCGGGUGGCUGAGCUAUCUUUGGUGGGGCGGAGACCCCGACAUAGUGAAUCCGAUAUCGGGCCUGACACGGCGAGAGAUAUACGCGGUGCAGCGAUCCUGGGCACUUGUCCAUAAGAACUCCAUGGCAAACGGAAUUGAAUUGUUAAAAAGGUUAUUCCGCGCGUAUCCAGAAACGAAAGAAUUCUUCAAAAUGGUUCGAAAACUGCCGGAAGAAGAGUACGAAAGUAACUUUCAGUUCAAAGCUCACGUCAUCAAUUUGAUGUCAUCUCUUGACCAGGCAGUGAAGACCCUCGACCAGCCGGAAAUUGUCAUUGAGAUGAUGCUCAAGAUAGGAGACUCGCAUAGAAAAAGAAAAUUACAGGAACAACAUUUCUAUGAUCUAAAAGAUGUAUUAGUAAAGAUGUUGAUUGAAGUUUUAAAACCGGAUUCGACAACCCUCGGCGCGUGGGCCAAGACUGUUGACUUUUGGUACAAACAUAUAUUUGUUUCACUGUCGUGCACUGACGGUAGAUAACAGAUGUCAUGAAACAAUAGCGACUUGAAUAAAUAUCUAGGAUAUAGACCAUGUGUAAAUAGGAGUUUAUUGUUUUAAUUAGUGCAGAAUAUUACAGCCAGCGAGAUGACGUAAAGAAUGGUGAACAUAAAUAGACCGUAAUAUGGCGAUAAUUAAAAGAAAUCCAAACACUAAGUUUUGUAAUUACUGUGUACAAUCACACCAGACAAAUCCAUAAUACAUUGCAUCUCGGCUAUUUAGUAUGAGUGAAAGAGACAGAUAUCACUCACUGUCACAGUUUGUUUACAUUUUUUGACUCUUCUUUCUGGC